AUGGCAGAAUCCUCAAACAAGAUGAUGAAACUUACUCAAAAAAUUCCUGACGAUAUGGUGGAACACAUCAUCUCCAUGUUUCUUCCAAUCAAAUCUCUUUUACGAAACCGUAUUCUGUCCAAAAGAUUUGUGAAUACAAAUAUACAAUCUCGUAACCUCGAUUUCAGUGGCAUAUUGUCUAGAAGAAGAAGUCAGUUAGAAGCUGUAAGUAUCAUCGAAGAAGUGUUUAAUAAAUAUAAAGGAUCCGAUAUUCACAGAUUUGUUUUGCUUAUCACUCAUCUUGGAGUAGAAGAUAAAAUCAUCUCGUGGAUCAAUACAUGCUUUGGUAAAAAUAUACAAGAGAUUUUCUUAGAUUUCUCCAAAUCUAAGAAAGUUAUGGAGAUCCCGAUCAAUUUCUCGGCCGUGGAGACUCUUCAAGAUUUGAAGCUGCGAUCGUGUAAGUUUGAAAUGCUAGAAAAUUCUCCAAAAGGUUUAAGACUCUUGAGGACACUCUCACUUAUGCGGACUGAGGUGAUGAAAGAAACAAUAGAUGCAGUUUUUAGCAAUUGCAUCCACCUCGAGUCGCUAGAACUAAUCGAAUGCAGGAUGGAUGGCCUGUUGAGCAUCCAUGCUCAGAAUCACAAGAAAUUCAAGUUGCUGAUUUUGUCGUCUAUACAAGAUCUUUGGGACAUCAUUUUGGAUGCACCCUCGUUAGAAAAUUACAAGUAUAACGGAUAUGCUAUUGGAUUUAACUUUGUGAGACCAUACACACUCAAAGAGGCAAAUCUCCAUUAUAAUCGGAAUUUUAGUCGACGUUAUUACGAUCCAUCUAACUUGGUGCUUAAUAACAUGAAUUUUUUAACAAGAGUUUUUGUCCUCACAACAACAACCAUCUUUCUUGAGGCUCUCACGAAAAAAUACGUAGGAGGAGGAAAACUAGAAAAAUGGCCUUUCAAGUUUGAAAACUUAACAAAAUUCCAUAUUUCCUUCAAAGCUCCAACGUUUUGUACUCUUUUUGACAUCGCUGAAUUCCUCAAAGAGUGCCCUAAACUCGAACAUGUUGCGAUCGAUAUUUACAAUUUCACUUUCGAACCUCAAUUGCCUUUAUGGGAGAGUCAUCAUAAGGAUCAGAUCCAGAAUGACUCAAAAAACAACUAUGUAUUGAAGUUUCUCAAGAAAGUCAAGAUCUUUGGCUAUAAAGGUCACUCACAUGAGCUUGAUAUAGUAGAAUUCUUUGUCAAGAGCGCACCAUCUCUAGUGAAAUUGAGAUUAGUGAUGCCUAAAAACGCAAAAGACAAUGCUCACGCACCAGAUAAUGCAAGAAUAGAGGUCAUUAGAAACAUAUUCUCAGGGAUUAAAGUUACCGAAGUUUAAAAUCAAGUUAUGCCCAACCAUGCCAAGAUAUCAUAUAACUUUUGAUGUGUUUGAAAAAUCAGAACUAUGAUAUGUGAUGUUUUUUCUUCU